GGAAAAAGUGGAACACAAAACAGCAGGGAAAAAGAAAGAAACAAACAAACGAAAGCGGGAAACUUCGAAAUACGAGACCAAACCAAACCACUUGUCCCCAAUCCGCAUACCCAGCCGACCACCUCCCAUUUAUUCCUCGUGUGUCAACCGACGUCUAAUCUAGGGUUCUCUCAAUUCCAACGCAUACCCGGUCAAACCUAACAAGGCGGCGGCAUUGGCUUUUGGACUUGGUUUCGCCAUGGACGAGGUUAGGGCAACCUCUGCUUGGGUCGCCGCUCGCUCCUCUCACGUCACAAUCGACCACUCAGGAAUUGAGAAAGUUGUGGAAACUGUCAAAACCUCAAUCCCAAAAGUGGAGUGGGAUUUUGAAGGGAUUCACUACUUCGAUGACGGGCCGCUCACCGUCCAGUACUUAUUUGUAUUGGAUACUUUGAACUUUUGUUUUUGGCCUGACAAGGAUUUGAACUAUGACGAUUUGGCUUCGGGACUAAAGGAAGCUCUUCAAAAUGACAAAUCUGUGUUUGAUGCUGAUCGUCUUCAGAAGUACACUGGUCCUGAACUACGCAAAUUGUUGAAAUGGCCAAGGCCACUUCCUCUGGAGGAUGAAAGAGUCCGCUUAUUGCGCGAGGUUGGCCUUGAACUGGAGAAAAACUUUGAGGGUAAAGCAUCCAACCUCGUUGAUUCAUGUGGAAAAUCAGCGGAAAAGCUUGUAACUCUUGUUACUCGCCACUUUCCUGGUUUCCGCGACCACUCAGUUUACAAGGGCCACCAGGUAUUCUUGUACAAAAGAGCUCAGAUAUUUGCGGCAGAUUUAUGGGGUGCAUUCAAGGGCAAAGGAUAUGGGGAGUUCAAUGACAUUGGAGAAAUUACCAUAUUUGCUGACUAUAUCGUUCCAGCGGUGCUUCAGCAGCUUGGUGUGCUGAAAUAUAGUGCAGCCCUAGCUGCAACUAUUGAGGCUAAUGUUGAAAUUGGUUCGGGUAGUGAGGAGGAAGUGGAACUAAGAGCUUGCUCAAUAUGUGCUGUAGAGAAAAUGAGGGAAUUGAUCCAGAAAAAAUCUGGAAAGCAGGUGUUGAGUGUGGAAUUAGAUAUUUGGCUAUGGUCUGUUGGUGUCCAGUGCCCAUCUCUCCAGCAUCACCGGACCCUCUCCAUAUACUACUAAGUGGGGAUUAGAAGCUUAGUAGUCUUGUGAUUUUAGGCUAUACUGGUCAGAAGGAUAGAGAAAUUUUGACAGUUGGAAUUUUCAGGUAAUUUCUAUAGAAAAAUGCAAUAACUGAUCUUUGGCAUCUGUUUUUA